CUCGCGGCAGCUAGCUUCGCCCGGUUGCUGCUUGCUGUCUGUCGGUGCCGCCGCGAGCAUGGGGCCGCGCUGCUUUACCCCCUGCCUCCUCUUCCUGCUGCUCCUUGGUACCUCCGGUUUUUUCAAGUCAUAUGCAGUGGAAGUAGAUGUGAAGGAUGCCUCUAAUGUUACGUGCCUGUAUGCAAAAUGGAUGAUGAGUUUCUUGAUAAAUUAUGAAACAAACAGUAGCGAUUAUAAAAACACAACUUUGACUUUGUCAUCUAACGUGACACACAACGGAAGCAUCUGUGGCAAUGACACACAAGCUGCACUUGUGGCGGUACAGUUCGGAGGAGGCCACUCUUGGAGCGUUAACUUUACAAAAAACAAUGAAACUUACCAGGGGGACUUCAUCACAUUUACCUACAACACCAACGACACCAUUAUAUUUCCUGAUGCUAGAAGAAAAGGACCAGUUACCAUUGUUGUAAAGGAUACCAUGCGUCCAGUUCAACUGAAUAACGUCUUUGUGUGUCAUAAUGCUGACUUUCUUGAAGCAGAAAAUGUAACACAGAUUUUCUGGAAUGUUACUGUGCAGGCUUUUGUUCAGAAUGGCACAAUCAGUAAAAAAGAGUCUAGAUGUCCUGCGGAUAUGCCUACUUCUGCACCUACUAUUCUGCCUACUAAUGCAUCUACCACCACUUUAUCACCUAGUCCAACCACCACUCCCAAACCUGUGGAGAAUCCGGAGACAGGAAACUAUUCUCUUAAAAGUGGAAAUAGAACUUGUCUUCUGGCUACUGUGGGGCUGCAGCUGAAUGUGUCCCAGGACAAGCCUCUCCUGAUCAACAUCAAUCCAAAAACGACUGUUGCAGAUGGUGCAUGUGGUAACACAACAGCUACUCUGAAACUGAAUGAUGGAAAUAGCACAUUGAUUGGUUUCACAUUUGUAGUUAAAAAUGCAAGUGGAGGUGGACAAAAAUUUUACCUGAAAGAGGUGAAUGUUACACUGCUCAACCAUUUGAAUGGUUCUGUCAUUUCACAUGCAGAUAACAACAAUUUCAGCAAGUGGGAUGCUUUCCUUGGCAGUUCUUACAUGUGCCGGAAAGAGCAAACUCUUGAGAUUAAUGAAGAAUUUCAAAUAAACACUUUUAAUCUCUGGGUUCAACCAUUCCUUGUGAGGGAAAAUAAGUUCUCUGCAGCCCUGGAGUGUUCGGUGGAUGAUGACAGCAUUCUAAUCCCAAUUAUAGUUGGUGCUGCACUUGCUGGCUUGAUUGCCAUCAUAGUGGUUGCUUACAUAAUUGGCAGAAGAAAGAGUUAUGCUGGAUAUCAAACGUUGUGAAUUUAGAUGUGAUUCCUGUUCUGAUUUCACUCUAAACAAAGCAAGUGCAAGUUCUGAAAUCCAAAAAAGACCUAAAACUUAGGAGUAAUUACUAGCCACAGCUAGUUGAAGCUGAGAAACAGAAUGUUUCUCUCAGAUGAAGCAGAACUACGGUUUUAGUUUUCCUGCUGUAAGAAGACGACAUGAGUUUCAUAGCUGUUUUGAAGAUGUCAAGUCUUGGAUGAAUUGCUAGGCUAAGGAUUUCAUCUUGCAAAAACCCUAAAGUAUUCAGGAUUUACAUUCUGCUUUUUACAAAUUGCAGCCUGAAACAACAACAUGUUCUAAACUGAUGUGCAUUGGGCAAUUCCCAGAAUAGCAUAGAAUUUGUACUUGCUUCUCUCCUCUGCAUUCCUUAGUUGUAAUAACUGUGGGUUAAGCUGGCAACAUUAGUCACUACAUUGACUCAUAUUUAACAAGGAUUGUACAAUGCCCAGUAACAACUGUGUUUUUCAUAGAGUUAACUUUAGGCUGGUGAUUAAGAGAUCUUUUGAAGUGGCAGCAGUAACUUAGCUUUGACAGCAUCUGAGUAGUUUACUCCUGCCUUGAUGUGGUUUCAGGAAUCAUUCCUAUAUCCUGGCUGUACAAACAAAGUAGAUAACCUGUACUUGCCAAUGGUAGAUAUGUAGGAAGACUUCAGUGCUGUUUCACACAUACAAAAAACAAAAAAAUCUUUUAAAAAAUUACUGUUAGGCAUUGAAAUCUUCAUCACUUGUUAUACCUUGGCAAUCAUCUAAAAUACUCAGAUGAGGUAGAGUUCUGCUAAAUUAAUGCAAGCUUUUUUGCUGACAUCAAUUUAAAGGGAAUAACCUUUCCGAAUAUUCCAGAAUUUUCAAGUGCACUUAACUAUAUAUCCAACUCUGCACAGAACUGGUCUGUUUUGUUGCUUUGAAUGACCAUUGUUUAAAGAUGCUUUCAUGUAAUGAGCCAGUAUCUAUUGUUGCAGCUUGAGCUGUCUUUAAAUCCUUGAAUGGGUCUCUGCCAAUCAAAAUUCACAUUAGCACUGCCUGUCAUUGGCAUUCUGAAUGUUUAAUGUACUUUGUGUUUGAUUGCUGUAUAGCAUUUAUUAGUGUUAAGAAUGCAAAAGCCAAACAAGCCUGAGAUGGACCCACAACACCUAUUUUUCCUUGCUGUAUGGAAAGGAUAAUUAUAGCUUAAAAAUGCAGUGCAACUGGACUGUUCCUAAAGUGCAGCUCUGUAGAGACUAACACUUGCUGCACAGCUUUCUCUGACUUCCUUGUGCUGAAAAACAUUUCUUACUGCAUGGGGAAAAAAAGUCUUUUAGACUUUUAGGUUAGUGUGGCUUUUUUGCGUAUGUCAUAACAUGAGCUGCCUAAGGUAGUUAUUUAAUGAAUAUAACAUUGUCUCCCCCUUUAGAAUAAGUUUAACAUGCAUCAAAGCUGGUUUAGUGUUUUAUUAGUGUUUUCUAGGGUUGUAGACAUCUGUGGCAUGUUUGUAUACGAACCAUAAAAUACACUUCUUUCAAUAAUUUUUUUUUUAAAAACACAGUUUAUUUUGACUCUAGCCAAGGAAGCAAGUAUGGGUAGGUCAUGCUUACUACAAAUUGUAGUGUACAGCUUGAAUUUUGCAUCAGUUACUGAACUUUGUUUUAAUAGAAGUGGGGAACCACUAGACAUUUAAUGCUGAAACAGGCUUCAGGACUUUCCAUUUUAAUUAAAAAAAAAAAUGAUCUAAUGACUUUCAUAUUAAUAGAUCCUCAAAUGCAGAAGUUCAUAAAGAUUCUUAGCAUUUUCCUGACUGAUGUUUAGUGGCACCAGUUACAAGUGCAUUUCUGUUCAGGAGCAGUUACCAUGCUGAUUUUUGAACUAUGCACAGUUUCCAAAUGAAUCUAUAGAAGAUUAGUACAAACUGUUCCUAAAACAGAACAAUACUGGAAGUAGUUUUGCAAAAACCUGCAACUUAAUCUUCAUUUACAACCAUAUUGGCCCAGAUUGAAGUACUCCUAGACUGAUGUGCAGGUAACUGGUUCAAAAAACAUCUGAAUGUCACCUGGCUGCCUGUUCUUAUAAAACCACUAAUUUUUCUGUAUGUAUUGCUCCGUAGGGAACUGUCAACCUGUUCAA